UGUAUUGUUGAAUUUGAGCCAGAAUAUUUAUGAUGGUUUUUGUUUCAUUCUCAGUAAAAGUAGGUGUGUGUUUGCAAGUCUUUGUACAUAAAAAGAAGCGAGCUUGAAAGCUCACAGAACUGGCUCUCAUCGUCUCUGAAGAGUACCAGGAGUUUCGCAAAACUCAACACUCUGCAGAACCUGAUCUACAGACAGCAGAGAACAUUCAACAAAGGAAUCUGUCACUGUUGCAAAUCAAACAUUUUGAGAUCAUCUGGAUCUGCAAAUUGUUGCCAACAACAGACCAAGGCAGAUUGACACCGAAGGAGAACCAACACUGACAAUCAGGAUGUGCCUGUUAUUGACCACACCUCUCUUCUUUGCUCUUGUUGUAAUAGUUUUGUUACUCUGGCAGAACAUCAUCACUGUGACUGACUUAAUGAAAGCAGGAAAGCAAGUUUCAGAUGUGGUAAUUCCAGCUUUGGACGAUCCAAAGAUAUCAGGAGCAUUAACACUAACCGUCACUGCAGUGUUCAUUUUGACAAACUCACUGGAAACAACUCUGCUGGUUCUGGUUGAUAUCGCUCUGUGGUUGCAUUGGCUCAAUAUUCUCCCACUGAGAGAGUUAAUUAGGUUAGCUACAAAGUUUUAUCAGUCUGUUGUACCGGGAACAAAUCAGACCUGCACUGAUUCAAAGCCUGAAGCUCAACGAUUGGCUGAUGUUGUCAAAGGGAAAAGCACUCUAAUAACGUCACAAACCGGCUGCACCCCAAUUUACAAACUUCAUCUAGAACAGAAACAGAUCAACAUUAAUGGCUGUAAGAGUUUCACUUUUGGAGAGAAAUCUAUGAAUUGUAACAGAAACAUCAUGGUUCUUGGAGCUGCAGGUGCUGGGAAGUCCACUGUCAUCAAUGCGAUGAUAAACUACGUCCUAGGCGUUAGAUGGGAAGACUCGUUUCGGUUUAAGUUAGUGGAUGAAGGUCAGUCAGACUCACAGGUUCACAGUCAGACAUCAGAAAUCACAGUGUACAAACUCUACCACCAGGAGGGAUUCAGGGUGAACUACUCCCUCACCAUCAUAGACACUCCAGGCUUUGGGGGAAUCGGCGGCGUAGACAGAGACAAGGAGAUCACAGAGCAGCUGCGUAACCUCUUUGCUAACCAGGAAGGUGUUGGUGAAGUUGAUACUGUGUGUUUCGUAGUUCAGGCUGGUCUAACUGAACUGACAUCAACACAAAGAUAUGUGUUUGAUUCAGCACUCUCAAUCUUUGGCAAAGAUGUGGCAGAAAACAUCAGGAUCCUGGUGACGUUUGCAGACGAGCAGCAGCAACCAGUUGUAGAGGCCAUCAAAGUGUCCGGUGUCCCAUGUCCUAAAGGUGCAGACGGGCUGCCAGUUCACUUCAAAUUCAAUAACUCAGUGCUGUUUGCUAACAACAAAUCCUUAGUGGCAAAGAUCUGGUCCAAUGAAGAGAAAACCUUUGAGUAUUGGAACAUGGGGACAAAGAACAUGGCUGGUUUCUUUGCUAGUUUAGCAAACAUCAAAACCAUAAGAUUGACAAUGACCAAUGAGGUCCUGAAAGAAAGAAAGCACCUGGAAAGUACAGUGGAGGAGCUGCAGAAGCAGGUUAAACUGGGCUUAGCCAAGCUAGAGGAUAUCAGGGAGACGAAUGACAAACUCAAAGAGCAUGAAGCAGAAAUCAGAAACAAUGAGAACUUUGAGUUUCAUGUUACUGUAAGAACAAAUAAGCAGGUUGAUAUUCCUGACACUGGGACGUUUAUCACCAACUGCAUGCAGUGUCAUGUUACCUGUCACUACCCUUGUAACAUACCAAAAGAUGAGGAUAAAAAAGGAUGUAACGCAAUGGACAAAGAUUCUGGAUACUGUCAGGUGUGUCCAGGGAAAUGUUUCUGGAAUGUGCAUCGUAACCAGGACUUCAUGUGGAAAUAUCAGGAAAUUUAUGAGAAGAGAACAGUGAAAGAACUGAAAGAAAAAUACGAGAAAGCCUUUGGACAGAAGGUAACCUUAGAGGAGCUGAUGAAAAAUCUGAUGAUGGAGUAUCGAUCUAUGCAGGAUGAUGUGGUGAAACUGAUUGCAGAGGCUGCAAAGUGUCUGAACAGACUGAAAGAGAUAGUCCUGAACCCAAAUCCCCUUACCACUCCAGAAUACAUCGACAUGCUCAUUAAAGGAGAGGAACAGGAGGCCAAGACAGGCUGGGAGGACAGAGUUCAGUCUCUGAUGAAGAUGAAGGAAAAGGCAGAGAUCAUAGCUAAAGUAGAGAAGGGAGAGGAAAUCCUGGUGAAUCAGUAAUCUGCUGAUGCCUUCACAACAAAUCUAAACUCAGAACUGUGCCAAGAUGAGGCUAAAAUAGAUUUACUUCCACAAGUGGAAUAUGAUAUGUAAGCUUUAUCAGACAUUAAUUUGGUUUUAUUUCAAAUGAAACAGACAUGGGAGCAGCGUGGGAUUGGGAGCUUAAAGAGAGACAAGGUAAAAAUGUAAAGGAAAGAAGCAGGUGACGUUAGAGGACACGAUUGUUUUAAUCAGCAAUGAUAAAGAAAAUAUAGAAGUUUAACAAAACCUGUAAGUUACAGUUAGUUUGAUUGACCUAUCGUUCACCAACUUUCUUUUAGUGUUUUUUAAAAUUUUGCAAAUUUAGCUUAAUGUCAUAAUAUCAUGAAUAAAAAUGUAAAUUGGAUUUUCUCCAUGUAAUGUUGAAUCCAAUUGAACCAAUUGUUAGCAAGACUUUGGUUUUAAAAGGAAAUUCUUUCAGUCACCCAAACUGUAGCAGCUACAUGCGUUAGCCACCUAUAAUGUUCUGUUCAUCUGGAGGAUAUAGUUCAUUUUGUUUAGACAGUAAAUCCUAUUUUAACCAAAACUUU